UCCCCAGAAUCUCCUCUUCUAAUAGGAUCCUCUUCAGCUUGGGCAUCACCAGAUUUCUUAUGCUGGGACUGUUUCACUCAACAUCGUCUACUUCUUCAUCUCUCCAAAUGUGGAAAGCAUCACUUUCAGGUUUCUGGAGGGAGAAGGGGUUGGAAGUAAUCACUGUCACCAUCACCGUCAUCAUCAUGAUCAUUGUCAUCAUUAUCACUGUGUCGUCAAAGAUGAUAUCGGAUGUUACAAUGUGUCAGAGGAGGCAGAUAAAGCUCAGACCUGUGGACCUCAUCUUCCCAUAGGGCAGGCUUCAGUUAGACUGAGAAGAUCUCUGUGCCAGCUGACAGGUGGGCAGCGGUGACUGGUGAACCGCUUUCACACCGAGGAUCAGGAGUGGAAGGAGACACCUCUAGAUGACAGACUUCUGUAGAAUCCUUGUCCUCAGUUCUUCCACCUGUACCUUCUGCUGUCCAGAAUCUCCAAGCAAGAUAUAAAUUCUGUGCUUUCUUUGUGCCUGUUAAUUGCCACUACAUCCUUAUCCUCUGCACAGGAUUCAGGCAUCAACAUGAAUUGUAUUCUAUUAGCCUUGCUGAUGGUGACUGGUGUUGUUUCAUACGUUAGUGAAGACAUGGAAGGGUUUAAUCAUCUUCUCUACUUAUUUUACCUGAAUUCCAGUUAUCAGUCCUGUGUGGGGACUUUGAUUGCCCCUCAGUGGGUCUUGACAGCAGCACACUGCUUCUUACCAGAUCUUCAGAUCAUCUUUUAUGGCAGUUCCACAAAUCUUCGAGACUUUACUGGGGAGAUUGUACCUUAUGAGAGGAUCAUUAUUCACCCAAACUUCACUGUUACCUCUCCUAAAGAUGACCUCAUGCUGAUAAAGCUGCCUGUACCUUUUACCUUCUCCACCAGAAUUUUUCAGUUGCCUACUCUCAAGAAUGCAGUUAAAGAUUGCUUGAUUCACACUUGGUUAGACAACAAAGACUUUAUUGGAAAUUCAAACCAUAAGCUGCAAAGAGUCAAGAUUCAACUGAGCUCUAAUAUAAACUGCAAAAAAUUACUGGGUGAAAAACUCCUUGAAGACAUGUUCUGUACAGGACCCAUGCUAGGAAGCCAAGAGCCGUGCCAGGUGGUCACAGCUGCACCAGCCAUAUGUGGUGGUGAAUUACAAGGAAUUUUGUCUUGGGAAACUGGAUGUAUUCUCACAGGAUACACUGUUGUCUUCACUGACCUACACAGCUACAUUCCAUGGAUCAAGAACAUUAUGUCUACAAAAUAAGCUGAUAUAGAGCUCCAUUGGCACCCUUACCUCCCAGCUGAUGCACAGCAACCACAUUAUGUAUCUCAGUCCCCAUCUUUCCUAGGAUCUAGGCUUGAUUGGAGUCCCAAAAGAGAUCGUUGAUGACUCCUGGAUGUUGGCAUGACUCUAGUCUCUUUAACUGCUUCUUUGCUUAUUCCUAACUCAUGACUAAAUGUUUUUGACAUUGAAAA